GCCUGGGGGAAGCUCCAGGCAGGAGGCCCAGCCUCGGGGCCGGGCCCGUCGGAGCGGGAAGCCGUUGCUCGCGCCCGGCCGUUUCUGUGGCCUCACGGUACUCAGCCCCCAGCGCCCUGACCCCACAGCGGGACACGGGCCCGGGGCGGGCCGGGCCAGGGCGCCGAGAGCGUUCUUGUCGCCCCCCGCUCCCGCCUCCAGCUCGGAGAACCGAGCGCCACGGGGACGCCGGGAGCAAGCGGGGCCGAAGCCCGGCUCCCCGGAGGGACGACCCCACCGCACCCCUUCAACGUGUUCCGCGGGGCGGCCGUGGAGGCGCCGGCCCGAACCCCGCCGCGGCCCCGCACAAUGCGCGCCCCGGGCGGAGGCCGGGCGCGGGGGCGGCGGCGAGGAGGCCGGGCCGCGGCCUCGGGCCCCGGGCGCGCUUCCGCCGGCCGCGCUGCGCCGCGCACGCCGCGGUAAAUGGGAGGCUUGGCCGGCGGGGGCGGGGGCCGCGCAGCCGGGGACUUUCAGGAACUGCAGGAGCGGGCGGCGGCCGGAGUCGCCUGGAGCCCAGCGGCCGGGCCGGAGCGCCGACACUCGGGGCCGAGGCGCAGCCGCCGCCGCCCUCGUCCUCGUCCUUGUCGUCCUCGAGCCGAACAGCAGCGGCGCGGGACACGAGCCGGCCGUCCCGGGGCCGGGGGAGCCGCCCGCCAUGGCCACCAAGGCUCGGGUCAUGUAUGAUUUUGCUGCUGAACCUGGAAAUAAUGAACUGACAGUCAGUGAAGGAGAAAUUAUCACAAUUACAAAUCCGGAUGUUGGUGGAGGAUGGCUGGAAGGAAGAAACAGCAAAGGAGAACGAGGGCUUGUUCCCACAGACUAUGUGGAAAUUUUACCCAGUGAUGGAAAAGAUCAGUUUUCUUGUGGAAAUUCAGUGGCUGACCAAGCUUUCCUUGAUUCCCUCUCAGCGAGUGUAGCUCAAGCCAAUUCGUCGGCUGCCAACAGCAAUAACCAGGUGCAUAUUUUGGCUCAGAUUGGUUGUGUUGAAAGUCUUAACCAGUCACCACCUUCUUCUCCUUCUCCUUCUCCCAUAAAUAAGGUCGGUGGUAGCAGUGACCCCUGGUCAGCCUGGAGUGCCCCCAAAUCUGGGAACUGGGACAGUUCGGAUGGCUGGGGGGCCAGACCAGAGGGGACAGGCACUCAGAGAAACACUGCCAAUAACUGGGACACUGCCUUUGGCCACCCUCAGGCCUACCAAGGACCAGCAACAGGUGAUGACGAUGACUGGGAUGAAGACUGGGAUGAGCCCAAGUCCUCUUCACCUUACUUUAAGGAUUCAGAAUCGGCUGAAGCAGGAGGUCUCCAACGAGGAAACAGUCGUCCUGGUGCCUCUUCCAUGAAGCUGCCACUGAACAAAUUUCCUGGAUUUGCAAAACCUGGAAUGGAACAGUAUUUGUUGGCCAAGCAACUAGCAAAACCCAAAGAAAAAAUUCCCAUUAUUGUUGGAGAUUAUGGCCCCAUGUGGGUUUAUCCUACCUCUACGUUUGACUGUGUGGUAGCGGAUCCUAAGAAAGGCUCCAAGAUGUAUGGUCUGAAGAGCUACAUUGAAUAUCAGUUGACACCCACUAACACUAAUCGAUCCGUAAACCACAGGUAUAAGCACUUUGACUGGUUGUAUGAGCGUCUCCUGGUUAAGUUUGGGUCAGCUAUUCCAAUCCCUUCUCUUCCAGACAAGCAAGUGACAGGUCGCUUUGAAGAGGAAUUCAUCAAAAUGCGCAUGGAGAGGCUUCAGGCCUGGAUGACCAGGAUGUGUCGGCACCCAGUGGUCUCAGAAAGCGAGGUUUUCCAGCAGUUCCUGAAUUUCCGAGAUGAGAAGGAAUGGAAAACUGGAAAGAGGAAGGCCGAGAAAGAUGAGCUGGUGGGAGUUAUGAUAUUUUCCACCAUGGAACCAGAGGCACCUGACUUGGACCUAAUAGAAAUAGAACAGAAGUGCGAUGCUGUGGGGAAAUUCACCAAGGCCAUGGAUGAUGGUGUGAAGGAGCUGCUGACCGUGGGGCAGGAGCACUGGAAGCGCUGCACAGGGCCAUUACCAAAGGAAUAUCAGAAGAUAGGAAAAGCCUUACAGAGCUUAGCAACAGUGUUUAGUUCUAGCGGUUAUCAAGGUGAAACAGACCUCAAUAAUGCAAUAACAGAAGCAGGGAAGACUUACGAAGAAAUUGCCAGUCUUGUGGCAGAGCAGCCAAAAAAGGACCUUCAUUUCCUGAUGGAGUGCAAUCAUGAGUACAAAGGCUUUCUCGGCUGCUUCCCAGACAUCAUUGGUGCUCACAAGGGAGCAAUAGAAAAAGUGAAAGAAAGUGAUAAGCUAGUUGCAACUAGUAAAAUCACCCCACAAGAGAAACAGACUAUGGUAAAGCGCGUGGGCACCAUGUCUUACGCUUUGCAAGCUGAGAUGAAUCACUUCCACAGUAACCGGAUCUACGAUUACAACAGUGUCAUCCGCCUCUACCUGGAGCAGCAAGUGCAGUUCUAUGAAACAAUUGCAGAAAAGCUGAGGCAGGCCCUCAGCCGCUUUCCUGUUAUGUAGAACAGAAUGGAACAUGAAGAAAACUCCGAAGUGCUUCCUUCUAACUUGGGGCAAUGCAAUUCAAAGUAUUUUUUUCCCUCUCAUAAGAAAACAAAAAAAGGAAGAAAACCAAAAAGAAAUAGGAGUUUAAGAAACCUAUUUUCUUUAUUAGCCAGCAUAAAUGCUCUUAUUUAGGGAUGGUCUUCUUUGGUUCAUUUCCACACUCAUUAUUUAAACCAAGGGAAAUUGUCUCUAUUUUUGGAAAAUACUUAAGUUUAUCAGGAUUUUGGAUGGAGAAU